GAUGCUCCGCCUCUGUAUCCACCAAUCCGGACGCAGGACAGGAAGGGGAUCCGGGUCUUGUCUCUCUUCGAUGGGAUCGCGACAGGCUUGCUGGUGUUGAAGGGUCUGGGCGUGGAAGUGGAGCGCUACGUUGCGUCGGAGGUGAACGAGGACGCCAUCAUGGUGGGCGCGGUUCAGCACCCGGGGGAGAUCACCUAUGUGGGCGACAUACGAGAGAUCACCGGCAGGCAGAUUGACGCCUGGGGGCCCUUCGACUUGCUGAUUGGAGGAAGUCCCUGCAACGACCUCUCUGCGGUCAACCCGGCUCGGGAAGGUCUUUACGGGGGGAGCGGGCAGCUCUUCUUCGAUUUCCCUCGUCUGCUGCACAAAGUGAGGCCGAGGCCGGGGGAGGAGCGCCCCUUCUUCUGGCUCUUUGAGAACGUCGUCUCCAUGGACAAGAGCCACAGCAAAGCCAUCACCCAACACCUGGAGGUAAGGAGGGGCCCUAAGCCUCCCGGGGGCCCCGUUUUUCCGGUCCGUAGAUGUGUCUGCUCCCCUCCACCCAUGCCAGAG